GCUCUGUUCACACUGAGCCCAAUCUGGGCCAACCCAACGUGCAACUUCAGUUAUUUUUAUUGUGGAUCCGAAGCUGCAUUGGAAAACUACCCCGCGCAGACGAAUAAACGCAGCAGUGUCAACUUCAAACUAGCGCUAUUUUGGCGUUUUGUUCGCUGCCUGGCCGCGGACUGAUCUGUGAGUACGCAGCGCAGCAGCCGACGCUGCUUCUCGGCUACUAGGCGGAUAGGAUCGGGCGAGGAGGGGGUUUGGCACUGAGGCAGCGCUAAGGAGGCUGCGAGUGGGACUCGGCGCUGGAUGAGCACGGCCUUUCGCUCCCCAGCGGCCUGCCAUGGGGGAGACCAAAAUCAUCUACCACCUCGACGACCAGGAAACUCCCUACCUGGUCAAACUGCCCAUUCCAGCGGACAUAGUCACUCUUGCGGACUUCAAAAAUGUCCUCAAUAAGCCCAACUACAAAUUCUUCUUCAAGUCCAUGGAUGAUGACUUCGGGGUCGUGAAAGAGGAGAUAUCAGAUGAUAACGCCAAGCUGCCAUGUUUUAACGGCCGUGUGGUGUCAUGGCUGGUGUCUGCGGAUGGUUCCCAUGCUGGUUCUGACGGGGGUUCAGUGUGCGGUGCAGACAGCAGCAGUCAGGCGGAGCUGCCGCCCCCCCUGGAGAGGACAGGAGGCAUCGGGGACUCACGACCACCCUCAUUCCAUGCGAACGCUGCAGGCAGCCAGGAUAACCUCGACAAUGACACGGAGACUGACUCGGCAGCACCGCCGCGACGCGAGCGAGAGAGGGAUAAAGAGCGGGAGAGGGAGAGGGAGAGGCCGAGAAGGAAAGAUACUCAUGAACACGGCGGGAGGCUGAAUGGCCACUCUCGAGGGGAGCGUCGGCCGGAGCACGUGGGGGGCUACGAGAGCUCCUCCACCCUCAUGAGUAGCGAGCUCGACACCACCAGCUUCUUCGACUCAGAGGAGGACGACUCUGCCAGCAGGUUCAGCAGCUCGACGGAGCAGAGCACAUCGUCCCGGCUCAUGAGACGACAUCAGCGGCGGCGCCGGCGGAAACCAAAAGCACCACGGAUGGAGAGGUCAUCGUCGUUCAGCAGUAUCACAGACUCCACCAUGUCUCUGAACAUCAUCACUGUCACGCUAAACAUGGAGAAGUACAACUUCCUGGGCAUCAGCAUCGUGGGCCAGAGUAACGAGAGGGGAGACGGCGGCAUCUACAUCGGCUCCAUCAUGAAGGGGGGAGCAGUGGCCGCCGACGGAAGGAUAGAACCUGGAGACAUGCUACUGCAGGUGAACGACAUCAACUUCGAAAACAUGAGCAACGAUGACGCAGUGAGAGUGCUGAGGGAAAUAGUGCACAAACCAGGUCCAAUCACUUUAACUGUGGCCAAAUGCUGGGACCCCAAUCCACGAGGUUGCUUCACCCUGCCCAGAGGUGAGCCGAUCCGUCCCAUAGACCCGGCUGCGUGGGUGUCCCACACGGCGGCCAUGACGGGGGCGUAUCCGGUGUACGGUAUGAGCCCAUCCAUGAGCACCAUCACCUCCACCAGCUCCUCCAUCACCAGCUCCAUUCCAGAGACCGAGCGGUUCGACGACUUCCACCUGUCCAUCCAUAGCGACAUGGGCAUGGUUGCCAAGGCGAUGGCGUCUCCAGAGUCGGGCCUGGAGGUGCGGGACAGGAUGUGGCUGAAGAUCACCAUUCCCAACGCAUUUAUAGGCUCUGAUGUGGUGGACUGGCUGUACCACCACGUGGAGGGCUUCACGGACCGCAGGGAGGCUCGCAAGUACGCCAGCAACCUGCUGAAGGCCGGCUACAUCCGCCACACCGUCAACAAGAUCACCUUCUCCGAGCAGUGCUACUACAUCUUUGGAGACCUCUGUGGCAACAUGGGCACGCUCACCCUGCACGACCACGAUGGCUCUAGCGGUGCGUCCGACCAGGACACCCUGGCCCCCCUGCCCCACCCGGGAGCCGCCCCCUGGCCCUUGGCGUUCCCCUACCAGUACCCCGUCCCGCACCCCUACAACCCCCAGCCUCCUGUACACGAGCCGCCACCCCACAAUCCACCUGCAGGGGGCGGUAGUGGUGGCAGCCAUCACAGCGGAGGGAGUCGCAGCAGUGGCUCCAACCGCAGUGGCAGCAAGAAGGAGUCAGCAGCAGCAGGAGGAGGAGGAGGAGGCUCAGGAGGCAGCGGAGGAGGAGGAGGAGGGGGAGCAGCCUCAGGAGGCAGCGGGGGUGGAGGAGACUCCAAAUCAGGAGGGAGUGGCAGCGAGACCGAGCCCAAACCAGACGGCUCCACCAAGGCCACUAGCGACCGCCCUUCGGCUCCCCCUAGCGAGCGCAGCGUGCAUAGCACCCACAGCCUGCGCAGCACGCACUCGGCAGGGGCGAUGGCCGGGGCCUACGGACCCCCGGGCUUGCCCCCCCAGCCCCAGAGCCCCACCCCUGUGCCCCCCACGGCUCCGCCGGGCUCGCCCCCGGGUCGCGAGCUGGCCUCCGUGCCCCCCGAACUCACGGCCUCGCGCCAGUCCUUCCGCAUGGCCAUGGGAAACCCCAGCGAGUUCUUUGUGGACGUCAUGUGACCUGAGGUGUGACAGCAGAUGAUGGGAAGUCGAUCAGAGGCAGUGUCGCCACCACGCGGGCGUACGUACGUUCAGGUGUUCAGGACACUUGUCUGUCUGCCAACCCCCCUACCGCACCGAACCCCAGGAAAAGGAGAGAUGAAAGUGUACAGGAGAGAGAAUAAGAGGGACAGGGAGUGUGUGUG